AUGGAGGUGAUGCAUGCGGGGUGGUUCGUGCGACUGCCGGUGGCGCUCAACCUGUCGCUGUGGAGGGACGCCGGCCUAGUGUACUACGAUCCGAGGCGGGCGGGCGACAGUUACGCGAGGGCGGAGAUGCUGAAGGGGCUGGGGCACAUCACCGUCGAGGGGCACGGGGCGAAGGAAGCGGACGGUGCUGCGACGGGUGCAGGUCAAGGAGGAUCCAAAUUGCACCUUCCUGAGCCCGAUGUGCCACUGACAAUAGCCAUGGCUGGACUGCACAUUGACAAGGAUUUCGCAAUGGAGCAGUGCCCCACUGGUGACAUCCGUGUGCUCAUUGGCAUUAUUACUCGAUGCUGUGGAUCCUUGGUGGGUGGGUGUGCAUGGAGUUGGAACAAGCCAUGUAUUUCAGUGCAUUUUGGCCUUUUGCAUCAGCAAGGCCGUUCCUGCCCCCAUUGUGUUGCUGCUGUCCAUCAGCUCAUUGGAUGUUCAAUGCAGAAAAAAACACAUCACUGUCCCGGUCACAGCAACCACUGCUGGAACAGCGAAAUGCCGCACAAAAUCUCCUGGGCAUGGAGGGAACGAUGGGCAAGAGCAAUGGAGUGCGCUGUUUCAUUAAUGUUUUACGAUGCGAUGUUUGAAGCAUCUUUUUAUGUGCAUUUCGCACUCCCAUUGCACCAGUGA